AUGGAGUACUCCACUGGUGCAGGGGGUGAGCAGAUUCUUAGUCAAGAUGGAGUUGGGGGUAAAGAAGUCCCGGGCGUCCUGAGACACAAUGCGCAGUAUAUCGACAUCACCGAACUGGAGCAACCCAUAGGUCUUAGGGAAAUGACCAGAGUUAUAGAGCAAUUGGAGGCCGAUGCGGAGAAUUUUCUUGACGAAAUCUCCAUCAUUUCUAGCUCUGAUAUCGCGUUGAGCAGUAUUAGUAGAGAUGCACCCAAGAUGGAUCCAGUGUACUUAGGGAUCUCAGUGGAUCCUACUGGGAAGACCACAGAGGAGCAACUGAGGGAGUACAACGAGUACUCGGUCGCUGCUGGGUUCCCAGAUCUAUCCCACUUGCAUCAACCCCUGUCAUAUUUCGAAGAGCAGCAAAAACGUCUGGCGUGGGAACAACUUCAGCAAAAGGAACCCGGUGCUAAGAAGCUAGAUGAGGAUAAACAUGCGAAAUUUCUUGUACCAACGGGCGCGGCGGGAUACAAAAGUUCUGAAAGCAUUUGCUUGGAAGAUUCGACGAUAUAUCAUACCGCUGAGGACUCCCAUUCAGACUUGUCAACGAGUUCAACAGACUAUCACACUGCUAUUUCCGACCAGGAGAACGAAUUGCCCCGUUUUAUUUCUCCUACCAUCAUAGACCGGCUUGCAUCACAGAUAUUAGAGACACAGGAGGAUGGUGCUACAUACACUUGUGAUAAAGGAGUCAAAGCAGCUCAAUCGAGGGGCCGUUUGAUAUUGCCAGUUGGGGCAGCAGCAAACGAUUCCCCCAGGUCUGAUAGCAGUGUAUCUACUGUAGAUGGGUUUCUGGAUGUUCCUUUCUAG